AUGAAAUCUUCAAAAAUGAGAUCAGAUAUUCCGAGAAAGAACCCAGUUAUACGCAAAAGUAUAUCGACUUUUAUGAAAUCACUGGUAUUGAUAAUGGUCAUCACAACUUCUAAAGCCAUGCAUUCAUACAAUUUUGUAGAUAAUAACCAGAUUGGCACAGAAAUUGAUGAUAACUGUGAACAUAAAGAAAUGUGGGUCGAUAGCAAAUUUGUGAGGUACAUCAGAAUUGGAUCAGACAAAGGCUUUAUAUGAGGGUGGGUUAAGAUCCUCUCUAGUUUUGAAGAGAAUGAAAUCCUCUCUCUAUCUUUAGACAAACUAGAGAAUACCCAAGUUGAGAUAUUUGAGCAGAAUGAGGGUAUUCUGAUGAGGCAAUUAGUAAUUUUAGUAUCAGAGAAUGUCAGAUUUGAAGUGCCAAUAAAGAAACAGACUGAAUAUUAUGUUAUUAUCAAUGCUGUGGGAUCUAGCCCAAAAGCGAUAGUAGCCUUGCAAAAGAGGAUUAAUGAAACCAAAUAACGAUGAUGAAAGCUAUCAAGAUGGGUUUUUAAUAUCUUUUAUUUCUCUUUUGAUACUUGUUGUUUGAAUUCUCUCUGUCGAAUUCAUGUAUAAUCCAAUAGAUAACUGCAAAGCAAUUUGCUCAUGGAUCACUAGGAUAUUUAGGAGAUAUUUUAGAUCAUCAACACACAGGGAAGAUGAUUUUUAUGUAAGAUUAGAGGAUUAA